GAAGCUGAGAGCACAGUCUGAGGAAGAGAGAGAAGACAAAUCACGGAGAUACUGUAUUAAUAAUCCUUAUUUCUGAAAUGUCAUACACUUUUGUUAGUUCUUGUCACUUUGGAUAUAUACAUAAUUUCCUCCAGCUUCUUGGAUUGAUUUAUUUGGUUUCUGCUUGAAUCUUCAAUCCGUGGUCUUCUGCAAAAUGUCGGACAGAACAAUGGCGCGGCAAGUACUGCUGUUUAUUUGGUUUCUCUCUCUCAGUUCGGCUCUCGGGCAGGUCAGUUACUCCAUUCCUGAGGAAAUGGCGAAAGGUUCUUUAGUCGGAAACAUAGCGCAGGAUUUGGGUUUAGAUUUAAAAAGACUGAAAUUGGGUAAAGCGCGUAUUUAUACAGGAGACAGCGCUGAAUACAUCGAGCUGAAUAAAGAAAGAGGAGUCCUCCUCAUCAAAGAGAGAAUAGACCGAGAGGCGCUAUGCGGACAGACAACGCCUUGCGCGCUACAUUUUCAGAUUAUUUUAGAAAAUCCAAUUGAGUUUUACUCCAUUACAGUCGAAGUUACAGAUGUAAAUGACCAUUCGCCAUCUUUUAAACGAACUGAGAUGAGAUUCAGAAUUAGUGAGUCAGCUGCGACUGGGGCAGUUUUUGUUUUAGAGAGAGCGAUGGAUUUAGACGUAGAAAUAAACGGCCUUCAGAUUUAUACAUUAACGCCCACUGAUCAUUUUUCAUUAAAAUUACAGAGUCAAACUGACGGUAGUAAGCUGGUAAAAAUGGUUCUUCAAAAGCCCCUUGAUCGUGAAAAGCAAGAGCAUUUAUCUCUGGUUCUGACAGCGAUAGAUGGAGGUGAUCCACAAUUGUCCGGUACUGCGCAGAUACAUAUUACUGUUUUAGAUGCCAACGACAACGCGCCUGUUUGUACGCAGGAAAUAUAUAAAGCGAGUAUCACCGAGAAUGCUCUAAAAGGCACAGUUGUGACGACGGUGAGGGCUUCUGAUUUGGAUGAGGGAUCUAACGGCAAAAUUGCAUAUGCUAUUACAAAUACCCUCGACAAUGUUCCGGAGUUGUUUGAAAUUAACGAAACAAACGGUGAGGUGAGAGUAACAGGGAAUAUAGAUUACGAAAAAGCUCGCCACUAUCAAAUUCAUGUACAGGCGGGCGAUGACGGGGGUCUGACUGAUUCUUGUAAGAUAUUUCUGGAUGUGAUUGAUAUAAAUGACAAUAAACCACAGAUCAACAUCAUGUCUAAAUUAACCACAAUAUCAGAAAACUCUAAUUCUGGAACUGUUGUAACUGUGAUAAACGCACAAGACCCAGAUGCAGGAGAAAACGGUAAAAUGGAUUGUUCAAUUAUUGAGAAGAUCUGA